CAAAAACGGCAAUUUUUUCAAUUAAUUCCAAAUGAUGAUAAUCAAGAAUGUUUCGACCAAAAAUCAAUUGGAAUUGAAUUGGCAACAUAUAGUCAUGUUGUUGAUAAUCGUCAUUUCCAUGAAAAUGAACUUGGUGGCCAAAGAAUUCAUUCCGAACGUAAUCUUGUACUCUAUACAAAUGAUUAUCGAUUACAUCUGUUUCAAUAUGGUUCAUUUAUUGAUUUGAAUCAAUCAACGAACCAAUCGAAUAAUGAUGACGAUGAUGAUGAUGGAAAAGCGAAAAAAUGGCGUCAUUGGAUCAUACCGUUGGAUUCGAAAAAAGGCCGUAUCGUAUCAAUGUGUAUGGAUCAAAGUGGUGAACAAUUAUUAGCCAUUACAAAUGAAUCAAUCAUCUAUGUGAUACCAUUUUAUUUUAUCACUUAUUAUGACCAAUCGAUCGAUAUGUAUAGAACUGUGAUUGAAAAAGAUGCUAGUCUACGAAUGAAUUGCUGUAAUAAUAAAACAAUCGUCGAACCAACUUCAAUUGUAUGGUGGCAACGUAAUGAACGUUAUGUACAACAACGUUUAUCCAUCGCUGUGAUUGGUACAAAACGUGGACAAAUAUCAAUGAUAGAUCUGGAUACUGAUCAGCAAUUUAAUCGCUAUUCUGUACCAUUACCGAUUGAAUCAUUGAAUAUUUAUGAUGAAAUGUAUAAUCGAUCAUUAUUGAUAACAUGUGCACAAGGAAAACAAUAUCAAUUAAUAUUGGAAGAAUUUCGUACCUCAACAUCAUCAUUUUCAUCGAAUCAACAUCAACAAUUAUCAACGACAAUUGAACAUUGUGAGCCAUCAAUUCAUUGUUUAUCGCCAGCAACAGCAACAACGACAACAAAAAACAUGACAUCAUCGACACCGUUGUCAAAAUUAUCUGGAUUCUUUACAUCACGGUCAUCAUCAUCGAAAGAAUCGAUGACUAAAACAUCGAUAAAAAAUCAAACUUCAGGAUUACUUUCCGAUUUUAAUAAUUAUUAUCUUUCCUGUUUAUUGAAUUUGCCAUUUGAAAAUGAAAAUGAUGUAUUGCUUGGUCGAAUCACCGGUAAUCCAUCGAAUACUGAAGAUGCUGACGGUGAUGAUGAUGAUGAUGAUGAUUCAUUAACAACCACAAAACCACAAUUGAUUACAUUUAAUAAUAAUGAAUCGAUUGUUUUACCAAUUAGCAGUAAAUCAACUGAUAAUGAUGUAUUUUCAUUCAAUGUUGAUGAUUUAAUUGUACCAUUGAUGCAAACCGCUAGUCAUCAACCACAACAGCAGCAGCAACAACAACAACAACAAUCUAGCCAUCAAAAUAAUUGCGUGAAAAUGGCAAUUUAUCCACCAAGAAAUUUAAAUUCCAAGACACAAACAACAACAACAACAAUAUCUAUGUUGUUAAAUAUCAAAAUUGUGCCAAAUUAAAAUUAAGUCAAACUUUAUCAUCAUCAUCAUCAUCUAAUAUUACCACUACAACAA